AUGCCCGUCGAGCACUUACGCUCGAAGAAGUCUCAAGCACAGAGCCUGGUGCUGUCAAGAAAACGCAAAUUAAGCGAACUCUUCUCUAUCGUUUUCUCAGUCGAAGACCCGACCUACAAGCAGAAACUCCAGGCCUUUCAUGAUGCAAAUGAUCUAGAAAAAGGCCGUCGGUUCGACGAAACAACCCUCCCACCCCGAACCUAUAUAACUCAUCCACCUCGCAAACAUGAACACGUCCAACCGCGUACGGCCCCUCCGUCGCCUCCCGCUGUGCUGCAGCCAGUGAUAGGCGUAUCAAAAUCCACUUCGCCGCCGUCUCCAGGAUUCAAACCUGAACCGACGCCGAUUCCUCCGGGGCAGAUCGUGCCAACACAGGAGCUGUUUGACGGAAACAAGAGUAAUGAAGGUAUCGCAGCUGUAACUGAACACAGGAGCGAGGAGGAUCGCCUGAGAACGACCACAACAGCUGUCAACGUGCAGAAUGGCGAGCCCAGCACCUCCGGCCUCUCCAGAGUCGACCGUGCAACGAGGUCCCCAUUGCCUCAAUCUGCUGAAGCACCGUCUAUCGGACAGAAGACUAGUGUCAAGUCUGAGCCUCCUGGCACGCUGGCAGCAGUGGCUGAUCUUCCAGAGGACACAGGCCCACGUCCUUCCAUCCCUGUCGACCGUCAACCAAGCCAAAGUCCUCCGCUUAGCGUACCGGUCCCGGCACCUGCUGAACCACAGUCCUCACCAGCCUCCACAAAUGGACCAGAUUCAGCCAACACCCCUGCGCCAACCGCUGGGUCGCCAGGAACCAGCCCCGGUGUCGAUUUACCGCUCAUUACAUCCGAUCUCGCCCACAAGACAAAGCCAUCGGAUGCUGGUCGUGGUGAGGUGGAGCGAUCGCCUCUCUUGCCGACCGCAAGAGACCAGCGCAGUGCGAGUAAAUGUCAUGCUCCCUCUACCGAUCUGGAAAUGGCUGCAACAGACAACGUAGGAUCUGUGGCUUCAACUUCUGACGGUAAUGGCGAGCUCUCUGCAGAGACAGUGAAUGCGUCGCAAAUACAGCGACCCGCAAUGCGGAUAGACACCCAGGCAGAGACUGACUCAUAUUUCAAAGCACGGCCCGGUGGUGGCUUUGUCGAAAGUCCGGCCCCGAUUACGACCGGUACUACGAUGAAGAAUGUGCCCACAACGCCAUCAUCUCAGGAACCUGCGAAACGCGCCACAAGGAUAUCCUCCGGUGUAUUGCAAAAGAAAUCUGUGUCGGAAAUUCUUGGUGAGACGCCAAAGACCGCGACUUCACUGGCCGAAUCUCCAUCGUCAGCGACCAACCGCGAUGCAUUUGGUGGCACAACUCCUCAGGGCCGAGCAACUGACCGUGACCGCCGUGACAAGGAACGCAGUAGGUUGUCAACGGUGGUUUUUGUCAAACCACAGAAAACUGCGGGUGAUGAGGAGAAUCUCGAGUUGACACGCCUUGGUGAUGGCGAAGCCCAGCGAACAGGGCCUGGUGAGAGAGAUUACCUUUACACUUUAUUUGAGAACAAAGCACAUUCCAUGUCACGGCAGACCACAAUGGCUUACCUUAUUCAAAACGCCCACAAGACACUAUCUACCUCGGAUCACCUCAUCGAGUACGAGUUAUCAGCGGAGUGCAGAAUAUUGAAACGACUGUAUCAACUGCAGGAAAAGCAACGCUGGCCUCUCAGGCAGUACAAACGUGCCGACGAAGGACCAAGACCAACCUCUCAUCGGGACUUCUUGCUUGACCAUAUGAAGUGGAUGCGUACCGAUUUCAGAGAAGAGCGAAAGUGGAAGCUAGCAGCUGCAAGAGGUCUUGCAGAAUGCUGUGCGAAGUGGGUGGCAAGCUCUCCUGAAGAUAGGAAACGUCUGCAGGUACAAGUUCGACCACCGAAAGUUCUACCUAAACCAACCGAGUCACACGACGUGGCUAUGGAGGACGGACCUGGACCGACUCUCUCUUCACACCCCACGCCCGAUUUGGUGCCCUCCAACGAGGACGACUCCGCGAGCGACGAUAUUGUUGAUCCUCGAGAGGUGCAACUAUCGAGCGCUCCGGCUGCGAUAUUCUCGCUGGGUGCUUCCGACUUCAAUUUUGCUGUUGACAAAACACCUGCUCUCGACAAGCUUUUGAACGAGUUACCCCUUUACGAGCCUUCCAUUGUCGAGCUAGAUAGUUCCACAUCCAAUUUGGGAGAACGCCUGGAUGCUAAGUGGAAGACCGACAUUGUACCUGUCUCAAGGUGGGCCACUGAAAAGCUAUCGGUAAAAGAGUACGAGCCUCCAAUGAAACGAAGCCGGUACGAGUACGAGCCUGAACCUUCGACAAAAAAGAAGUCAGAGCCGCUUCCACCAGAGGAGACCAAUGUUGCGCUGUUCAUGCCCGAGAACAAGGCUAUUCGAGACAGGAUCCAUCCAGGACAUUCUUUCCGCCCGCCGUCAGAACACCCAAUGCCUACACAAGCCUUUUUCGAGACACGAUCGUCGUCGCAGUGGACGCCUGCAGAAGACGACGAACUCAAAAAGCUCGUCAAGGAUUAUUCCUACAAUUGGUCCCUCAUUUCUAGCUGUCUUACUCCCCCGAGCUUGUAUACGUCUGGUGCUGAUAGACGGACACCGUGGGAAUGCUUUGAACGAUGGAUCGGACUGGAGGGUUUACCUGCCGAUAUGUCAAAGACGGCCUAUUUCAAAACGUACUCGGGUAGAAUCGAGGCAGCCGGCAGGCAUGUGGCCGCUCAGAUUGAAGAGGCCCAAAGACGGGCCGGUGCCAACAUUCAGAUCUCGGCACGCAAGAGGACGACACAGCCUGUUAGAGUCGAGCGAAAGAGGACCCAACGACACCUUUCUAUGCUUGAUGUCAUACGCAAGUUGGCCAAAAGGCGAGAGACAGCUCUUGAGAAACAACAACAUCAAGCCGAUCUCGCCGUCAUGCGUAAAGCCAACGAUUCAAGCAUGCCCAAACCCUCUUAUAAGACCCCGGCAGAGUUCUCACAGCUCAAGCAAGAGCGGGAGCAGAAAUAUGCGGAACGACAAGAGAUAUAUCGGCAGCAGCUUAUUGCACACCAACGCGCCACUGCGCAGCAACAACGUAGUCAAAACGGUCAACCUAAUGGAUUGCCAAACGGCAUGCCCCCUGCUGGACCUAGAAUGCGUGCGCCUUCAACUGGCGGCAUGCCUGGAAUGCCAAACGGUAAUGUGCAAAUACCAAACGGCCAUCCUCGUCAUCCUGCGAUGAUGGCCGGAAUGCAAGGGAACAUGCAGCUGCCACCCGGUAUGAUGGCACCCAAAAUAACGCCACAAAUGCAAGCACAGAUGCAAGCACAACUCGCUGCUCGAGGCGGAGUGACCUCGCCACAGGAGAUGCGAAUGCUUCAGGAAGUAACAAGAGUGCAACAGGAACAGCUUUUGCGACAAGCUCAGCAAGCCCAGAAUGGUCCUCAUUCUUCUCCGAACAACCCCCAUGCUGCUCUCGCAAAUGGUCAAGGCAUGAAUAAUGCUGCUUACAGGGCUGCAAUGGCCGCUGCUACUGCAAAUGGAAACGGGUCUCCUUCGCGCCAUAUGAACGGAAGCUCGCCCCGCCCCAAUACCGCCAACUCCGGCCAAGCCUUGUCCAGUGGACACGUUCCCGUUCUGACUCAAAUCGCUAACAAGAUUCGGGAACAUCAUCCCAACUUGUCAGAGGAAGAGGUACAACGGCUUGCAUCGCAGCAGCUCCAAACAUAUCAACACCAAGCAACAGCAGCCGCUGCAGGACAGAAUCACAAACGACCUCAGCCUCACAAUCAGGCAGCGUUGAACGCCGCGCUAGGUGCUGUGAAUGCCGGGAACAAUGCCUCUGCGGCCGCGGCGGCUGCGGCGGCUGCCGCACAACUGGGACAUCCAGGUAUGAUGACCAAUGAGCAAUUGCAACAGUAUAACCAGCGCAUCAGAAUGCAACAAGCUCAGCAGCAUGCGGCACGCAACUUGCAAGCGAUGCAGAUGCAACAAAUGGCCGGCAUGACCAAUGGAAUGGCAAAUUCCCCUGUAAUGAACAUGGCUCGGCCAGUGAGCCAGCACGGCAACCAGGGGCAAAUGAGUCGGAGCGCUACCCCGAGAGACCAGAGGGGGUCCAGCCAGAGCAAUGUUAAUGGUAACGGAACUGGGCAACAAAGCAGCCCGCGACAGGCGCCGCAAAGCAUGCAUACAUGA